AUGCCGCACACCGUUUGGGCGUGCGCAUGUGUGUUUUGGACCCCUUGGGCGAAUCCAGCCCGGCUGGCCAGGUGUCAGAGUUGUCAAUCAAGGGCAGCUUUCAGGAUGCUGAGAAGAUCAGAGCUGGCCAGCAAAUGUGACAUUUUGACCCUGGAGGUCGAGCAUGUGAAUGCCCAGGCUCUGGAGGAGCUCCAUCUCAAGGGCGUUCCUGUACAGCCGCUUCCCUUUGUGGUGAAGCUCAUCCAAGACAAGUACGAUCAGAAAGUGCAUUUGCAAAAGCACCGUAUUCCCCUUCCAGACUUUCUGAAAGUUGACAGCGAAGCUGAGCUGCACGAGAUCGGCGAGAAGUUUGGCUACCCUAUGAUGCUGAAAAGCCGCUUUGGAGCAUACGAUGGUAAAGGCAACGCAGUGGUGAGUGAUGCUGCAAGCAUCCCAGCAGCCUGGGAAAAGCUGGGAGGAAAGGCCGGCAAGAAGUUGUACGUCGAAAAGUGGGCACCUUUCAAGAUGGAACUCGCCGUUAUGGUCGCACGUGGUGUUGAUGAAACCAUGAAUGUCACAAUGCGCACCUACCCAGUGGUGCACACUGUGCAGCGGGAUAGCGUUUGCUUUACUUGCUUGACACCGCCAGUUGGUGUCACCCAGAAAGAGCAAGAACUUGCGCAGAAGAUCGCAACGGAUGCGAUCAAAAGCUUUGGCGAUGCCCGAGGCAUUUUCGGCGUUGAGAUGUUUCUUUUGGACGAUGGCUCGGUGCUGCUGAAUGAGAUUGCACCCCGACCGCACAAUACUGGUCACUACACCAUGGAAGCGUGUGGUGUCGACCAGUUCGAGCAGCAUCUCAGAGCAGUGUUGGGCUUGCCUCUUGGUGACUGUCACUUGCGUGUUGGCGGUGCUAUGAUGGUGAAUAUCCUGGGCCAGGGAAGCACCCCGGAACUUACGGCUCAGACGAUGGCACCUUUGCGUUGUGCGCUUCGUGUGCCAGAUGCUGGCAUCCAUUGGUAUGGCAAGGAUGGCUGCGUAAAGGGCCGCAAGAUGGGCCAUAUCACUGUGACUGGCUUCACACCAGCUAGUGCACUAGAGCAAAUUCGACCUGUCCUCAAAGCCGUUGAUGGUGAAGGAAACUCUUCGAGCAUCGAAGUGCCGCACAAGAGCUCACCUAGCGUGGGGAUCAUCAUGGGGAGCGACAGCGACCUUCCAACGAUGAAGGAUGCUGCAGUCGUGCUUGAUGAUUUCGGAAUCCCCUAUGAAAUCAGCAUCGUGUCCGCGCACCGAACGCCUGAGUACAUGUACGAGUAUGCCACGACCGCAGCAGAUCGCGGAAUCAAUGUCAUCAUUGCUGGUGCCGGGGGUGCAGCACACUUGCCCGGUAUGGUGGCAGCGCUGACGCCUUUGCCUGUGAUUGGUGUGCCUGUCAAGUCGUCAGCGCUGUCUGGCAACGACUCUUUGCUGUCCAUAAUGCAGAUGCCGAAAGGUAUUCCUGUGGCAACUGUGGCAAUUGGCAAUGCAGCUAAUGCUGGCCUUUUGGCUGUGCGAAUCCUUGGUGCUGCAAACCCAGGCAUGCGGCAAAAGAUGGCACAGUUCAUGGCCAAUGAAGCCACCACUGUGGAGAAGAAAAGGAGGAAACUCGAACAGGUCGGCUGGCAAGCCUAUUUGGCUGACAGCAAAUAG